AUGACCCUACCAGCCAACGAAAACAUGAUCGACACCUUCAGUCGCGUUCACGGCGCUUAUAACCACAAGCAAAAGGCGGAGAAAUUCCGAGAAGGGGGCAGCCACUGGAAAGAAGAAACCGGAGUCGAGACGGAUGUGAGCGACCGGGGCCUCUGUCACCCGGCCAUGCAGCCCUUGGUGCAAGACAUGGAGAUGGCGAUUACCAUCUCCAACAACCCUUGA